AAGUGGAUAUUUGUUUCACAGCCAUCACUUUCGGGACAGUCCCAAGCUUGACUAGUAGACUACACGGGUCUCCUCUGGAAUAAGCAUGGACAUUCGCGUAUUAGCAAGCGUGUUACUGAUGGGGGCGGUGGAUGCCAUGUUCAACAUGCCCGCCAACUUCCCCAUGCCACAAGGUUAUCCGUGUGAUAUCAUGGACAAGCAGUGUCCAGGAGACAUGGUUUGCCGGAUGGUUGCAACCGCUUGUUUCAAUCCACCCUGUGAUGCUGUUAUGGCGUGUGUGGACCCACCUCAGACGGCACUGGCUUCAUGUCCCUCCGGGUUCCCUGUGAUGGCCGCUAACCGGCGGACGGAGAUGACCUGCACCCCCGGGGCACGGCAGUGUCCGAAGGAGUCCACGUGUUUCUUUGAUGCCUCCGAAAGCACCGCUGUGUGUUGCUGGAAAGUGUACAAACAAGGACAGUGCCCCAAGCCCGAGGGUCCUGGGUUCUGUGCAAGGAUGUGCCAGGACGACGGUGGUUGCCCUGGUGACCAGAAAUGCUGCAGCAACGGAUGUGGAACGCAGUGUAUGGACCGCAUGCCCCUUAUGUCAGACACAAAGCCUGGCAACUGCCCCAUGAUGCCACCGACAAUAAAUGGCCCCUGUUCCUCGAUGUGCAUGGGUGACUUCAUGUGUGGAGGUAUGAUGAAGUGUUGUCCCAGCUCGUGUGGCCAGACUUGUAUUAAUCCACAAAUGGGCCUUCCCGGAAUGACGUCUCUUGGAGGUCUUCCUUCAGGUCCGUCUCGGAACUUCCUCGGACGCCUUCAAUCCCUGUUCAGUAAUAAAAAUCCUGGAGGAAUAAUUCAACCUUCUCAAAUGGAUUCAUUUUUUCGUCCAAUGAAUUCUCCCCCAAGGCAAGCAUCAUGGCAGCAACAGCAAGCUUCUAACAGAAUGCAGGCACCUAUUCAAUCUGGAUCAAUGCAACAAAACCAAAUGCCAGGAAUGCCACCGGGUUAUAGUCAAGGUAUGGCAAAUAGUCCCCAGCCUUUCCAGUCAGGGUAUUCAACAGGACCUUCACCAGGAUAUCCAAACAAUAUGCAAAAUGGAUAUCCUACUGGACUUAAACCAGGUUUUCAGGCAUCCCAACAAGGAUAUCAAACAGGAUCAAAACCAGGGUACCCAACAGGAUCUCAGUCUGGAUUAUCUUCAGGAACUCAAUCUGGACCUCCAACAAUUGCUCCACAAGGGUUCCAAACUGGAAGUCAAUCCAAUUUCCCGUCAGGGCCUCAGGGAGGUUUUCCAAUGCAAUCGCAGCCUAUGUUUCCACCAGGAUCCCAGUCAAGGUAUCAAACAGGAUCUCAACAAGGAUAUCCCAUGAUAUCCCAGCAGGGAUUUCAAAACAGAUCCAUAUUCUCGCCGAUGGGAUUCCUCGGGGCUCAGAUGGGAUUACCAACAAGAUCUCAACCGACAUUCGGUUAUCCAAAUAACUUUCAGCAAGGAUUCUCAAGACAACCUCAACAACAGUUUGCACAACAAGCUCAGACAGGAGGGGUUCAAUCGAAUCAGCCUUCUGGAUUUGUCCCCGCCACAGGGUCUCAGUCAGGAAUACAAACAGCUGCGCCAUCAGGAAUUCAGCAACCAAAUCAAGUUGCUCCCCAAACUGUAAGCAAUACACAAGUACCCGAUUCUACAAACCAACAACCGUCAACUCCCAAAUCAGCAGAACCAACAUUCUUAAUAGACAUUCAACCUAAUUCCAACAUAGACCAGCAGACUGCACUUCAGACAGCCCUGGAAAGCAUCAUGGCUAAAAAUCAUCCCAAGCCUAAAAGCCAAUCAACUGAACCAGGUCAACCAGCUACAACCUCCACUGAACAACCAACAGUACAAUCAACAGAACCACCAACAGAAGUACCCACCAGUCAAGCAACUUCAUCAGCGCCGACGUCAACGGGUACAACAUAUCCCACCAAAACUGCAACUGCAGGUGAAUGGACACCACAGACCAACAGCACCGCUGUUGAUAUAUCAGAUACAACAACGAGCACAUCAACAGCUGAGCCUGCAACAUCGUCUACCAGUUCUCAAACCGAAACAACUAGCGACCCUGCCCUAGCGACACCUCUGCCAUCAUCACAAAAUAGUCCAGUUUCAUCCCAGGCAAGUUCAGCUGAUCCUACGCCAGUAGCCCAACUUACCCAGCCAGAUAGGCCAUCGGCCACCUUCACAGCUAUGCCACAAAGCGGAGGACCCCCGAAGCCAGGCACCUGUCCUGUGAUGUCUGCCGUGGGAACAUGUCAGAAUACGUGCAUGGUCGAUGUUAACUGCUUGGCAAAUUACAAAUGUUGUAACAUUGGACCAUGCACUGUAUGCAUGCACCCCGACAUGACCCCUACUACUUGCAGCUGGGAAAAGAGGAUGAUUGGUGGAUGUUAGAUUCUAUUCGAACGAUGUUACUCCUGUACAUAGACCGGUCCUGCUGAUCCUGGUGUCUUGUGGGUUAUGCAAAUUAAACUGCAUUUCCACUGAAAUGAUUUGGGUAGAUGUGUUCUUUUUGGUAGUUUGCUUUUGUUUUAGACUUUUAUCUAGCAUUAUGAAUAUAACAUGUGUACACGCCUGAAAAAUGUUAUCGAUAUAAAUCCCCGUUGUUUAGGCACUUAAUCAGUGUUUGCUUUUAUUGUGUGCCCUCGCAUGUGACCAGAUUCCAUUUCCCAUAGCUGGAUGUCUUUGCUGACAGUUCAGGAACAUUCGGUUUGAUAAUUUUGGAGUGGUCAUGCAUUUGAUCUUGGGCCUGUAUACCUUCACAAGUGACAUGAACUGAGGGGCAAAAAAAAAUUUAUCCUGUUUUACCGCUUACUAAGAAUACUUUUACAUGUGGCUUUAUUUUUUAAAAUAUAAUUAUAUUAAAAACUGAUAAGAUUAAACACAUUUGCAUAAUACACACCUGAUGAUGUGCAUCUUAGACAUCUUAUCUGAAAAUCAAUACAUUUGCCUUUUUGGCACAAAUUUACAUAAUUUCAAACAUGGUAGGGGUCGUGUGGUUGAAAAUUUAUUUCUUACCCAAGUCUUCACUGAACCAAUGCUACGGAUUACUUUUUAGAAAGUGACAGUUAAAUAGACAUAGUUAACAGUUCUCUCAAUUUCCAAAGUCGGAUUACUGGUGUCCCCCGCCGUGAUAUUGCUGGAAUAUUGCUAAAAGCGUCGUAAAACCUCACUCACUCACUCCAAAGUCGGUAUACUCAGUAUUGUUACUUAGUUAUUAAUAUCAUCAUCAAUAUUUCCGUCAUAUGAGGUUGUUAUGGGCAUAUCGUCUACAAUGUAAAGCUGGCUUUGCACAACAGUACUGCUGUCCAUGUAUGAGGUGGUUAUGGGCAUAUCGUUUACAAUGUAAAGCUGGCUUUGCACAACAGUACUGCUGUCCAUGUAUGAGAUGGUUAUGGGCAUAUCGUCUACAAUGUAAAGCUGGCUUGGUACAACAGUACUGCUGUCCAUGUAUUUCAAAGGCAACAAGGUCAUUCUCGGGUUGAGGCAUACGUUAUUGUAGUCCCGUACCGACAUUUUAAGUGCCCGGGCGACACACGUCACUCAGACUUGUCGUUGAAGAUUUUCUCAUUCGUGAGUCUAUGUCCUUCUGUAUUUAUGAGAUGUGAAGAGGGCAUGUAUAUCCAGUUUUAUACAAUCUCUGAAGCUCAAUAAAAUGUCAAUGAGUUA